GCCCAGUUGUUUUGGUUGCUGUUGCCAUUCUGAUCCUCAGAGUAGGAGGCGGCCUUCGGGGAUUUCGGCCAACGCAGUGCAACUUAAUCUAUAAAAACGCUUGCCAUCAAUACCGAGAAACGGGAAAUCAUGAAAUUAUGUGCCGCGAAAGCGCACAACAUAAGCUUUGUCAACAAACUUGUAACAGCGGUAGUUGUCGUUUGCAUUGCCAUGCUUCAAACUCGUGCACUCAGCGAUGUGUGGCUGGCCGUUGUAACAACAUCUUUUGUAAAUCCAAGUAUUGUAGACAAGAUUGCACAAGAGGAAGCUGUCAACUGAUGGAUUGUGGUGGAGAGACCUGCAGACAGAAGUGUCUUAUGGGUGGCUGUAACAUGCUCUGCUCGAAAGGAGCCACAAUCUGCACACAGUGGUGCGAAUUGGGAAAAUGCACAAUGCGUUGCCCUCCUGGCGUAAAGUCAUGCGAGCAGACUUGUAAUGGCGGAAAAUGCAACAUGAUUUGUAAUGCAGAGAAAUGCAAACGUUCUUGUAAAGGAGGAGAAUGUACUUACGGUGCGGAAGUUACUCGAGGUUUAGAGGCAGUACUUGGUGCACCACGAUACAUUUACUGCAACGACGAUCUCAGAGAGAGUAUUUGUAUGCAGACUUGCUCUGAGGGAAAUUGCGACAUGAAAUAUAAAUAUAGCCAUCACAGCUCGUUACUGCAGGUGUGCGCGGGAGGAAGUUGCCAUUUCGACUGCAAAGCUCCCCGUAAAUGCACCCAGGUCUGCAUUGGAGGAAAAUGCAUGAAAUACUUAUGCAACUCAAGAGUAUGCAUUCAGGAAUGUGUCGCUGGGGGAUGCACGAUGGAAUGCGAAGCAGAGACAUGUCUUCAGGCAUGCAGAGGUGGCGACUGUAGGAUGAGUUGCAUGUCGAAUGUUAAGCGAUGUUUCCAGUGGUGUCCUGGAGGCAACUGUAUUCUUGGAUGUGAAGCAGAACAAUGCAAACGUUACUGCCAGUCUGGAAGCUGUGUUACUCCUGCCCAAGCUCCCAAACUCCAGGCAAUCGCAAGGAGGGUUAGAUGUGCAAUGUUAACACGUGAAUGUCAUCAGCAGUGCCCACAGAAACGAAGCUGUUCAUUUCUUGGAUGGCUACAUUAUGGCAUUUUCCGAUCAAUAAAUCAAACUUGCAAUGAAGGAGACUGCCGGAGAAUGGAGUGCCGAGCAUCCAUUAAAUGUACACAAACUUGCAACGAUGGAGCCUGCUACUCAAUGUCUUGCACCUCAACUAAUUGCUUACAAGACUGUGCGGGAGCUAACUGCAAUAUGGAGUGUAAUUCUGAACAUUGCACCCAGAUUUGUCGCGGAGGGGGAUGCCAAAUGAAAUGCGCUGAGACAGUUAAAACAUGCAAACAGUCUUGCAAUCCUCAAAAUUUGAACUGCCAGUCUAUUUGUCUGGCAAAAACCUGCUCGGUUACUUUAAUGUAAAAAAAAAUAGCCAUUCGUUUUAAGUGUUGCACUUGUUCGGUAAUCGCACGCCUUUGUUUGUAGGUGUUUUCCGUGCCUUUCAUUUGAUAAAAGAACUGGGGAAAAAAGAGUUAAGGAAGGGAAAAGAAAGACGGAAAGCUUGACAAUAAACACUUUGAAGGAGUAUAGCACUGAUCAAAGUGUUUUAAAGCGCAUAAGAGCAUAUUA